UAGGAGCCAGGAUCGUCGCAGUCCGUUGUCGCUUUCCGUCGUGGAUAAAUGUGUUGUACAGUAGAUGUGUAGUGCUUCUGGUCCUGCCACAUAAAAAAAAACAGUUUCAAAGUGGGCAGGAGAAAAAUAGUUUAAAAAUUGUUGCUUUAAAAAGUAGUUCAAGUUCAAGCAAAUAAUCACCUUUUGCAGAUACGUGUUAGGGAAUUUGUUAGCCAUUUUCUAUACCGCGGAAACACCAUCUGGAGCAGCACAGUCUCAGCCGAAGUUUUCCAUGGAUGAAAAGUGCUGAAGCUGAAACGCAAAUAUCGAUCUUGUUCGCGUCCGACAAUAAGUGACCGUUUUGAGUUAUUUUUUCUCUCUCGAUUGCUUCUAAUAGUGCUUUUUCGAAGUGACUUUUAUUGUGAAUAGUUUACUAAGAAACAAAAAAAAGAAGAUAUUUAUAAAAUCGUUACUAACGGUCUAAGGUGCCGAGUUAUAGCUAGUCUAGAGUUUGUAACCCUAUAAACACAAAUUUAUAAUAACUUAUAUAAAACGAAAAUUGAUUUUUCGGUAAAAACACAUUCCGUGGUGAGGUUCAGUUCAAACGAAACGAAUGAUUGGUAAUCAUCUUUAUAUAACUCAUAAUCAAUGUUUUCGGAUUGUGGACAUCGAGAAGUAAAGUUCAGAGCAAAGAGCUUCUGCUGAAAGUGAUUUGUACAGCGGGAUAAGCUUUUGUGCAUUGUAGUGAAACGAGCAAAUGUAGAGGCUAAAUCGUACAACAACAGCAAAUUCGCAGUACAUACAUAUAUCAUUAUCGUCACAUGGAACGAAGUAAAACCUUCAACUUGCGAGAGUAGACAAAAAUUCUCCUCCGUACGCGUUCGACAGGAAUAAAAAAAAUCAAAACGUGGAGGCGAACGCAUUUCCCGAGAACACGAUGAUGGCAAUCUCCCAGAAGAGCGGAGGCCGUUUUCAUCGCUAAGGAAAUCUAAACCAACUGUUUAAUUAUGUAACACACCAAGACCAAAUAGUGAGUGAGUGUUUCGUUCCUUAAUCUAGCUAAUUUAAAGAAGCAAUGCAUAAAGACUGUUCAACGAAACCUUUAUAAUCAAUGUUUAGUGCCUGAGUGAAACGUACAGAAAACACAAGAAGAAAUAUUAUUUGCCGUUGGUUAAUACCUCUAGAAGCCAGCGGAUCGACAAUUUUUUACUAAAAACAAACAAACCAGAAAGCCAUCCAAUCACAAAUGUAGCAAUCACAGACAACUAUUUUUGCAGCCGAAUAAACAACAGAACAAAUAUUGGAUAGAUUCUUUUUCUACAUUCUGAGCCGUUUCAAUCUUAAAAGCAAAAAGGUUGAAUAAAUUGAAAGCUUCUAGACGACAGUAUGGCAGCAUAAUUCUUGGCCAAGGUCUGGACGGACAAUCAAAACGUGCGCAAUCUGCAUGUUCCCCGUUGGAGUAGUCUUGCAGCACGCCAACCGAGCUACAUAAAUAAUGAUAACGACAAUGGAACAGUCGUAAUGCAAAACACAGUAAAUCACAUGUUUGCUGACGUUGAGGACCCAGGAUGCUUUUUUGUUGUAAGUUCAUAAUGCAUUAGGCGACAGUGCAAUAUUUGCAUAUAAAUUGUCUGUAUACGCAUGCCGCACAGUAUCAACCGAGUGCAGUAGUCGAAUUGAAGGGCCGUCCUGACUGAUAUUCGCGACGGAAUGGAGUGAAAGUGGAAUACAUUAAAACCAACAAGCGAAGCACUCUUUAUUGGAAAAUUACGCGGAGAUAUUUUCUAUAUUUAGAUAUUCUGCCACAAUUUAAUAGAGCAUAUAUCGCCAGCCUGUGCAACUGGUUGGCAUACAAGAGUGUAGGGCGAUAAUAUUCCGUACAGAUCGGCCACGUUUCCAGCUAUUCGCUUCAAUGAGUUCCGUUAGACAGCUGUCAUUAUUGAGGUUGCGAAAUGCAAAGACGCCGCUAGAAGCUGAUGCUUUUAGAGCUAGGCAUUCAUGGCCCAAGAAGUAGGUGUGCAGAAAUAGGUGAACCCUGAACGGUAUCGAAAUGGAGCACAAUCUGCAACGUCAACCGUCCGGGGAUGAGAGAAUCCAGCGCCCGAAAGGAGCUGUGGAUCGGGGCAGCAGUGCAUGUGAUGACGAGAUCUGUGAUAGAAGCAACGUGGUUACCAGAAAUGAAUGCCUAGCAAUCGAUAGUGACUGUAGUAGUAGUCGUAGUAAAUGUUCCUUAUCGUACAAUCAAGCCUCGAGCGUCGCAUUGGGGUGCAGCAGCGACAGCAAUGUGACGGCCGGAUGUUCGAUUGACAGUGAAGCCGGAAGCUGUAGCUCCGUGCCACGACUCGCACGUGGUGCCGACCCGGACGAGAUUAGCAAUUAUCUAAGCAUUAAUAAUAGUCGUAGCAGUAGUUGUUGUGAUAUUCCCGCGGAAACCUCGCCGAUGAUUGGUGCUGGCAGUAGAGGUAGCGAAGAUGAUCUGGAGCUUGGCACACAUCGAAAAGUUUACCGAAUGCAGCGGCAAGCUGCAAGACGGCGAGAAGAAUCAUCCGAUUGUUGCGAUAUCGAAAUCGAUACUGGCGCUGAGGAGGAAGAGGAAGAUGAUGAAUCGAUGCUGACAUCGAUCAACUCGGCUGCCACUACAGCAACCGUAACAUCUAACAAAUCUCAGUUGAACGUUCUGGACAUAACAAGCAGCAAUCAUGAUGCUAGUGUUAAUAUUGUUGAUAAUCCUGUUAGUGAUAGCAACGAAAACAGUACUAAUAAUGUUCUAGAUGUCAGUGGGACCGCACAGACACAGCAGCAUAGUAAAGUGACUACAACGCCUUCAAACAUAAGCAAUUGCAGUGGACUACCGAGUGUGACGGUGGUACAACUGAAGCAGAAUCAGAAUCUGGUCUACUUUCUCAGGGUGAUCUUCAAUCACUGCAAGAGUUCUGGAAUUGGAGAGCCCAGUGUGUACCAUGCCUUAGUUGUGAUAUUUUUGGAGUUUUUCGCGUGGGGUCUGCUGACGAUGCCCGUGAUAAAUGUACUGAACCAGACCUUCCCCGAUCACACAUUCCUGAUGAACGGCCUGGUGAUGGGUAUCAAGGGUAUUCUUUCAUUUCUCAGCGCCCCGCUCAUCGGUGCACUGUCCGAUGUGUGGGGCCGAAAGUUUUUCCUGCUGAUAACAGUGUUCUUCACCUGCGCACCGAUCCCGCUGAUGUCAAUUAACUCUUGGUGGUUUUUUGCCAUGAUCUCAAUCAGCGGAGUGUUCGCUGUCACCUUCUCGGUGGUGUUUGCGUAUGUCGCCGAUGUGACGACCCUGGAGGAUCGCUCACGUGCGUACGGCUUAGUGUCGGCUACCUUUGCUGCUAGUUUGGUCAUUUCCCCUGCCCUCGGCGCCUACCUGAAUGAUAAAUAUUCAGAACCUCUUAUCGUAGCUUUAGCGACUGCGAUCGCAGUUCUAGAUGUAUUUUUUAUACUAGUGGCAGUACCAGAAAGCUUACCGGAGAAGGUGCGACCCAGUUCCUGGGGUGCACCAAUCAGCUGGGAACAGGCGGACCCGUUUGCGGCAUUGCGGAAAGUUGGCCUUGACCACACUAUCCUGAUGCAGUGCGUGACAGUAUUACUAUCCUACUUGCCGGAAGCUGGACAGUAUUCGUGCAUCUUCGUCUACCUGAAGCUAAAGAUGCACUUCAGCUCGAUAGAUGUUUCUAUCUUUAUCGCUGUGGUCGGUAUACUGAGCAUACUGGCGCAGGUCAUUUUAGGGGAUCUAAUGAAGGCACUUGGUGCUAAACGUACUAUAAUAAUAGGAUUAUUGUUUGAAAUGCUGCAACUGCUGUGGUAUGGAUUUGGCAGCCAGACGUGGAUGAUGUGGGCUGCCGGAAUCCUAGCGUCACUUGCGUCAAUUACUUAUCCAGCUAUUAGCGCAUUCGUAUCGAUACACUCCAACCCAGACCAACAAGGUGUAGUUCAGGGUAUGGUAACGGGAAUGCGUGGCCUGUGCAACGGCCUUGGGCCGGCCAUGUUCGGUGUCAUUUUCUAUGUGUUUCAUGUGGAUUUGAAUGACGACCACAGUGGUAUCGGCAGUUUAAACGGUCAUACGGGUGGCGGUGUGGGCACCAGCGGUAUUGGCAGCUUGAUAGAUGGGGGCAAAUUUGUGCGAAAUGAAACACUGCACGGUGUUGGCGGCAGUCAUCAUAUCAUCGAGGACGAAUACUCGCAGCUGAUGCCCGGCCCACCCUUUGUGUUCGGGGCGCUGAUGGUGAUUUGUGCGAUCGCUGUUGCAGCCUUCAUCCCGGAAGCGCCCAGUGACAGCAUCCGCCGGCCUUCGGGUGAGAAAAAAAGACUAUCCGUUGAUGUGGAUUACGAGUACGAGAGGGGCCACAAAGUAGCGGGACCGCUGUCGCCGCUCAUGCACCAGGACUCAGCUCAGCUAUAGUUUGCUCUGUAUCAGUUGAAUAGCAUCCCCAUCGAUUGAUCACAUUGUGAAACACUUUCCUAUGUUAAAGCUUGUGCAUGAGAGAGAGAAAGACAGAAGAGGAAGAGAGUGGAACAAAAAAAAAAAAAGCUAAACUAAAUCAUAGGUGACACACACAGUAUACAUACCUUCUAUUUUUUUUAAACCAAUAGAUGCUGCUAUAAAGUUUUAAAUGAAAUUCCCGCAGCCCCGGUAACCGUUUUUCUAAAGGAAACCCCUUUUUCCUUGCACUCCUUUUCGAGGCAUUUGUUCCGCAUCAAAAUUGUUCACUUUGAGCGGCAAUCGUGGUAAACAAAAUAAAACAAUAUUAAAAAAUAACGAGACAAAAAUUAGCUUUAAAUAAGGCUUGAAAUACUUGAAGUGAUUAGCAUUUUCAUCGCGUUCGCGUAGACGCAACGAUAAUAAUUACCCAAUUGGCAACGAUAGAAGAUUGUUUGUUAGUUUUUUUUCGUGGUUUAUUUUAGAAAGUCCAACAAUGCCAUUAAUCUAGUCAGCGAGAUUUUUUCGUGUUGAUGCGGCUAUCGGUUUUUGGUAUUUGGUGAACAUUUAAGGUUUAAAGAUUUUUUAGACACCUACUGCAAUACGUUACGAAAAAUUACAAAAGGAUGACUCGUUACUAUAACUACUAUAAUCAAUGAGUGAUAGUAGAAAUGUAAGGAUUUUAAGAUGUGCACCUAAGACCAAAACAAGUACGAGAUAGUUGUUCAAGAUAUGCGCGGAAAAAAUCAGUACAACCAAUUACCGACUUUUUCUUCAGUACUGCCCCGGGUUUAAAUUUUCUUUAGUUUUGUUCCCUUAGCUACCUACUCCUCACCGAAUAUUAUGCGGAAGGUGAUUGUCAUGCGAAUGUGGAUGAUGUCUGCGUGCGGUAUGAGUGAUAAGACAGGUGAAAAGAUAGUCCAAAGAUUUAAAAAUAGUUACGUAGCAAACAAUGAUCUAAUAAAACUAAUAAUUUAUAAUCACAAUUGAAAGCUGAUGCCCUAUUUGAGAACAUCGAGGAUCGAUUUGGAAGCCGGUUCAACUUUGCCUGAACGAUAGUUUUAAUUGUUACACCACACCCAGACAGGAUAUGAUUGGUAUAAAAGCUGACCGCAAAGAGCAGAACAAAAAACAAUACAAACCUAUUAACUUUAAGCAAAAUAAUGCAAGCAUCAGCAUAGGUCAACUAUUUUACAAACCGGAUUUAUUUUAUCAUUUAAACGAGCAACCUUAUGAUAACGUCGGAGUGGAAAGCUGUUAGACAGAUUUUAGAAAGGUGUUACACUAUUGGUAAAAUUGAAGAGUAUGUUGAGAAGAACAUGGUCACUGGUGCAUUGGUACGCGUGUUUCUGGGGAACUAACAAAAACACAGGUGAAACAAAACAAAACAAAAAAUAGAGAUGUAUUGAAGAUAAUAAUUACCUAAUGAAAAACUAGAGGAGAGAAAGAAGAAUACACUGUAAAAAAGUGAGAAUAAAACAAUGAAAUCCCAGUAUAAGUUAUAUGGUAAGUUAGCAGUUACAACUAAUUACAGCGCGUAAUGCGUUUAUAAAUUGAUGGCUGAUACAAUUCAGUUAACGCGAAAGCGCGAUCAAUAAUUUGUUUGGAGUUCAUUUCAAAAAACAGUAUGACUAUAAUAGAGCGGCACAGAUUGUGAGUCAACACUGCGGUGUGAGAGCGAGAGGUGGAAAUAAAGAAAUGAGCUAAAUUGUAA